UAGAAUGUAAAUCAUCAAGAGUCAAGACUAAAAUUUACUAAAGUGUUUUGCUAUGCACUUAUGAUAAUUGAUGAAAUCGUUAAGUCAAAGAAAUGAAACACACACACAAAAUUCCAAUACUGUCCCUGUGGAAUUGGAACUCACACACUACAGAAUCUGCUGGUUUGCAUGUACAGUGUGAACAUGUAUAUGUAAAUGAAUUUAUAUUGCACUUUGGAUGCCCCCAGGGGUUAUACUGUUUUGCGCAUGUAGGUCUGUCGGUCGGUCCGUCCACCAAAUGGUUUCCGGAUGUUAACUCAAUAACGCGUAAACCUAGGAUCAUGAUACAUUAUUGGUACAAUGAUUAUGACUGGCACAUGUCCCCUAUUGAUUUUCAGGUCACUUCUUCAAAGGUCAAGGUCACAUUGACUAGAAACAGUAAAAUUGUUUCCGGAUGAUAACUCAAGAAUGCUUAGGCCAAGGAUCAUGUAACUUCAUAGGUACAUUGAUCAUGAUUGGCAGAUAACCCCUAUUGAUUUUCAGGUCACUAGGUCAAGGUCACAUUGACCUGAAGCAUUAAAAUAGUUUCUAACAUAUUCACACAAUGGCUGCCACUAUAACUGACAGCCCAUUCGAGGGACAUGCGUGUUUUACAAACAGCCCUUGUUUGCAUGCCUUGUUUGAAAAGCCAUAGAAAUAAUAUGUUUGGACACAUGAAUGACUAACUUAAUUGCUGCAAAUACUUUUAAAGCAUAUUUAUUUAUUCAAAUUGUUAACUUACUUUUCUAGAAUUCAUUGAAGGUCAUCUAGAAGAGAUAGCAAGUAGCCCAUCAGUCGAACAUGAGAACUCGGACCAGCUCGCAAACACCCCUGCCUCUGCCAUGGAGUUGGAAGGGCGAGACACUGACCCAGUAGUCGAUCAUGUGGCAACAACUAGGAACUCGGACCAGCUGGCAAACAACCCUGCCUCUGCCAUGGAGUUGGAAGGGGGGAGACACUGACCCAGUGGUCGAUCAUGUAGCAACAGCCAGGGUGAGUCAAAGCGGACACAGUUGAUGAGGAAAUAUGCAUCCAGCAUUGGAAGCACAAUUUUUCUUUAAAAAAAUACAAUUUAUUUAAUUUAAUUUACAUAAUGCCCUGUCUGUUGGUUUGUUUGUUUGUGCAAACCUUAACAUUUGCAAUAACUUUUGCAAUAUUAAAGGUAGCAACUUCAUAUAUAGCAUGCAUGUGCAUCUCAAGGAGCUACACACUUUGAGUUGUGUAAGGUCAAGGUAUUUUUUUUUUGGUAAAAUUGAUGAAUUAAUAUGAUAUCUCUUUGCGAAUUGUUUUAAAAUUAAUACAUAACUUGUUUCAGAAACAUUGUUUAAUAACAUUCAAUUGUCAUUUAUUCGAAUUUGAAAGUUGUCAAAAGUAAUUAUUUCUCCCUAUACGGUAGCUUUAGGUAUAUGUGAUAUUUCAUGAGAAAACUAGUCUUCAUUGCAUUACAAAUUAAUGAAGCAUUCUUUACAUUUGCUUUUAUAACAAAAAAACCUAGUUUAGACUUGUAAAAUUGAUAAAAAUAAUUAUUUGAACAUAAAGUUUGACCAGAGUGUACAAUUUAAACACACAAGUUUAUAACGACGUGUAUCUUGUGCUUUGCAUUUGUUUAAAAGUUGCCUUAUAAUUGUGCGAAGCAUGUCUUCUCAAAUUAAAAAUGCAUCUUAUUCAAAGGUGAUCAGAACUAAAUGUGUUUUUUUUAAUAAUUCAGGGAUAACAAAAAUCAGACUAAGAAACCAUAUGCAAUAAUUCAUAGUCUGUUGUCUUCACAGAGAGAAACUUCAAUAAAAAAUAUGCUGUCAUUUUAUAAUACCUUCGUGUUUGCCUCACGGUUGCCUAUUGAUUUGUUUUAAAAUAGGAAGUUUAUAAUGAGGUAUAUAACACAAAGAAAUUUCAUAUUUGAAUCAUUUUUAUGCUCCUCUAAAAAAUUCUUGUCUGAGCUUUUUCUCAGUAACUUAUUACGGGAAUUCAAUGAAACUUUAUGGGAAGCUUCACUACCAAGAGGAGAUGUGCAUGUUAUUAGCCAGUUAUGGUCGGAUGAUUUUUCACAGAGUUAUGGCCCAUUGAAAUUUUCCAUUUACUGUACAUAUUGUGCAUUAUUGUUCGGGCUAUUUCUCAGCAACUAAUGUCUGCAAUUGAAUGAAACUUUAUGGGAAGCUUCGCUACCAACAGGACAUGUGCAUAUUAUCAGCAAGUUAUGGUCGGAUGAUUUUUCACAGAGUUAUGGCCCUUUGAAAUUUUCAAUAUACUGUACAUAUAGUGCAAUUCUUGUCUGGGCUAUUUAUCCCCAACUAAUGACUUGAAUUCAAUGAAGUUUUAUGGGAAGCUUAACUGCCUUGAAGAGAUGCGCGUGUUAUUUGUGGGUUCUGGUUAGAUGAUUUAUUUAGAGACUUAUGGCCCUUUGAAAUUGUUAAGUUGCUAAACCAUCCAUCCUAUUAUUUUGUCCAAAGUUAUGCCACUCAAGAUGUUUCCUUUUAUCUGAAUAUAUAGUGCAAUAUUGUGACCAAAAAAACUUUGGGGAGCUUCACCCAUCUCUGACGGCUUGUUUUAAUUAAAUAUUAAUUGUAAAUCCCAUAUCACCUUUUAUCAUACUUUUUUGUAAUUGACAACUUGGUUUUCUGACAAUUGUUUUCCUUGUUUUGUUUCAAAUAGGCAUGAUAUGGUUACUAUUAAAUCAACUUCAUAUGUUCUUCCCUUGUGAUAAGUAUUUUUAGCUCAUCUAUUUUUUGAAAAAAAAUUAUGAGCUAUUGUCAUCACCUUUGCGUCGGCGUUGGCGUCCGGUUAAGUUUUGCGUUUAGGUCCACUUUUCUCAGAAAGUAUCAAUGCUAUUGCAUUCAAACUUGGUACACUUACUUACCACCAUGAGAGGACUGGGCAGGCAAAGUUAGAUAACUCUAGCGUGCAAUUUGACAGAAUUAUGUGCCCUUUUUAUACUUAGAAAAUUGAAAAUUUUGGUUAAGUUUUGCGUUUAGGUCCACUUUUCUCAGAAAGUAUCAAUGCUAUUGCAUUCAAACUUGGAACACUUACUUACUAUCAUGAGGGGACUGGGCAGGCAAAGUUAGAUAACUCUGGCGUGCAUUUUGACAGAAUUAUGUGCCCUUUUUAUACUUAGAAAAUUGAAAAUUUUGGUUAAGUUUUGUGUUUAGGUCCAUUUUAUUCCGUAAGUAUCAAAGCUAUUGCUUUCAUACUUGCAACACUUACUAACUAUCAUAAGGGGACUGUGCAGGCAAAGUUAUGUAACUCUAACUGGCAUUUGGGCAGAAUUAUGGGCCCUUUAUACUUAGAAAAUUGAAAAUUUGGUUAAGUUUUGUGUUUUGGUCCACUUAACCCCUAAAGUAUCAUAGAUAUUGCUUUCAUACUUGAAACACUUGCAAACUAUCAUAAGGGUACAGUAAAAGGACAAGUUGCAUAACUCUGGUUGUCAUUUUUAUGGAAUUAUGGCCCUUUUUUGACUUAGUAACUUUGAAUAUAUGGUUAAAUUUUGUGUUUCGAUCCACUUUACUUCUUAACUAUCAAGGCUAUUGCUUUCAAACUUCAAAUACUUUCAUGCUAUCAUGAGGUGACUGUACCUGGCAAGUUGAAUUUUACCUUGAAUCCCCCCCCCCUACCCGAAUUGACCACCACACCCUCACACUAUACCACCCCACCUCCACCCAAAAUUUCAUUUUAUUUUAAUGGUUAAACCCCCUCCCCCCCCCCCCCCCCCCCCCCCGAUUUUAUUUUUUUUCGCAUUUUUUUCGCAUUUUUUUGAAAAUAAUGUCAUAAAUGUCCACAUUCCCAUGCUAUACACCCCUCUUCACUCCACCCCUCCCUCCUUUGUGAUUGAAAAUGAGAGUCCCUUCACCUUUAAAAAGAAAAUAGAUGAGCGGUCUGCACCCGCAAGGCGGUGCUCUUGUUUAUAUCUAUUUCUUAAUAUUUUUCAGUAGUAAUAAUGUCUAAGAAUGUAUCUGGGUAGAAUGAAUAUCUGUUCUUUUAAAGGUUGUAACUGAUGCUCUAUUUCUUUUGGACAUGACAUGUUACUGUCUCGUUUGUACAGAGAUUCAAUUAAAUACUACAUUUUAUUAUGUGUGAUUCUAUUUUUGUGUUCCAAAUAGGCAGUCUGACAUAUUAGGUAUAUUGAAAACUCUUACAUAUAACAUUUGUAAGUAUCUGUUAUUAAUGACAGUUAAAUGAAACAAUGGUUGUAUAGUUGUGUAUAUUACAAAGUAUAAUUAUUGUUAUAUUUCGAAAUUAGAAUUAUGUUUAUAUUUUAAUUCACAUACACUUUCAACUAUAAUUUGUAAUAGUGCCGUUGCUACUUAAAUUUUAUGUGGUUUGGAUGCACACUGUUAUAUUCUAUGCUCCUUCAAAAUACAAUUAAGGUUUCACCUUAACGGUUAUAACGCGAGUGAAAAGCAAUAUACACUGUUAUCAUGUGAUUUAAAACAAGUUUUGUUCAAUUAUCUGUAAAGUUCAUUCAUAACUAUUUUAUAACAUGUCUGCUUAAUCCACUUACUAUAUUCAAGCAUUUUGCAUUAUUGUUUUUGUUUAACACUAGAAACUGUAAAGUAAGGUAUAUAUCUUGUUGUAACUUUAAUUGCAUUUAUUAUGUACUGCAUAUUAAUUGUUGGGAUAGUUCCGCAUAUGUAACGUGUUUUUAUUCACGUGUUUUUAUGUCCCCCACUAUAGUAGUGGGGGACAUAUUGUAUUUGCCCUGUCUGUUGGUCUGUUGGUCUGUCUGUCUGUUUGCGCCAACUUUAUUAUUUUGCAAUAACUUUAACUAUAUUGAAGAUAGCAACUUCAUAUUUGGCAUGCAUGUGUAUCUCAUGAAGCUGCACAUUUUGAGUGGUGAAAGGUCAAGGUCAUCCUUCAAGGUCAGAGGACAAAUAUAUGUGGCCCAAAUCGCUUAUUUUAUAAAUACUUUUGCAAUAUUGAAGAUAGCAACUUGAUAUUUGGCAUGCAUGUGCAUCUCAUGGAGCUGCACAUUUUGAGUGGUGAAAGGUCAAGGUCAUCCUUCAAGGUCAGAGGUCAAAUAUAUGUGGCCCAAAUCGCUUAUUUUAUGAAUACUUUUGCAAUAUUGAAGAUAGAAACUUGAUAUUUGGCAUGCAUGUGCAUCUCAUGGAGCUGCACAUUUUGAGUGGUAAAAGGUCGAGGUCAAGGUCAUCCUUCAAGGUCAGAGGUCAAAUAUAUGUGGCCCAAAUCGCUUAUUUUAUGAAUACUUUUGCAAUAUUGAAGAUAGCAACUUGAUAUUUGGCAUGCAUGUGUAUCUCAUGGAGCUGCACAUUUUGAGUGGUGAAAGGUCAUGGUCAAGGUCAUCCUUCACAAGGUCAAGGUCAUACUACAAGGUCAAACAUCAUAUAGGGCGACAUUGUGUUUUUAAAUGUGAAAUUCUGUUAAAAUGCGCAUUGAUAUCUGACAGCUGUGCCAAAAGGUUAUAAUAAGAAAUAAUUUCAAGUUAAGUUGAAUUAUGAAUAGUACUUCUUGUACCACUAACUGAACAGUUGAAACGCAAUACAACGUUGGAAUCAACUGUUACUUUUCACACCUUAUGGAGAACAUGUUAAAACUUAAACUACAAAGACCUUUAUCUGACAGUUUUUGCUGAUUGCCAACAAUGAGGUAAUUAAGUCUAUUUAUUUACACUUAUGAUAUGGUAUUAUAACAAGCUUUUAUCAAACAAUAAGAACAGUAUAGCUGUUGUAGUAUCUUGUAUUGUCUGUAUAUUUGUAUGCUUGUAAAUUCUACUAAUGAUUAAAAUGAUAUAAAUAUUUAUAGAUGAAUUACUACUUUUAUUUUUGUUUGAUCUAGUCAUAGUUAUUUAUGCGACAAAAUAUAUAAAACAUGUUUAAUAACAUCUGAGAACUAAUAUUGAGACAAGUUGUACAUAAUCCUUUAAACCAUUGCAGUUGGUGUAGUGGUUAUGGUGUCCCCCUAGAGAUCGGGAGGUCACUAGUUCUAUCCCCACUGUGGGAACCAAAACCAAGUUUUGAUUUCCAGGAAACGGACUCUAGAGCAUUUUAAAUAAGUCUUAGGCUCUUAAUGCAAUCAGGCUCUUAAUGCAAUCAGGCUAAAAUAGGUUUAAACUAAUCUUUUAAAAAAAGAAAGAUACAAAAGAUGCGAUACAAAGAACUAUUCCUUAUCUUCCAUAAUUACUUGUUGUAUCACGUUCAGCAGAAUUAUCAAUUAAUAUGACAAGUAAAUAGCAUAAAUUUAGUACUUAUUGCUCACUUGAGCACAAAUUGUGAUUUACAAAACAUAUUGCUGCUAGGUGGUUUAUUAUUUUACCUUAUAAGUCUUUAGUGAAACCUUGUGAAUAUUAUGUGAUUUGAAAGGUAUAGUUCCUUAAGGUCUCUUGUUUAAUGUACAUGUAUUUCUGGAUAAAUGCAUUUUAGACAGCAUUAUUUUAUUCAUUCCUUCUUGCUCAAGAAUAUCAAAGCCCUGUCAGGCUAAUAGUUGAUUGAUUAAAUAGGUGAAAAUGAACAUAAUAUAUUUUCUGUUAAAUAGGCUUUAGCAAGUAAUUUAUUGCAUGUAGUAAUAAAUGUCUAAAGCAUUUUCACACGUUAAAUUUUUAAAUAUUCAAUAAUGUGCAUAUGAAUUUAUAAUUAUAUCACCCUUUCUUUUUAAGUUAAGCAAUUUAAAUUAGAAAAACUAUGUGCAUGAAACUAAUCUUUAUUGAUGUGAAUGGGAAGUAAACACACAAUUUCAACAUCACAAACUGUUUUGAAUUAAAAAAAGAUGCAUUAAUUUUAUAUAAUAAAUAUUUAUAUCACAUACCUUCAUUUACCAAAAUAACGCAUAAUUUUAAACAAAGAUUUGCUGAUGUUUUUUCCUUCUUUAUUCUUAUACUAUAGCAUGUGUUUGUAUUAAUUAAACAUCACUUGACAUUGUUUAGAUAUUUUAAUUUGCAGAUAAUUCUUGUCGGCAACAAUUUCAAGAAACAACAUCACAUCCAAAACUACUAGGUUGCUUCUUAUGAAACUUCACAAAAACGAUAAUUGUAUAACUUUCAAAUUUGUUAAAAAUGUUCAUGUUUUUCUUAUUGAUAAUAUAUUACUACACAUUUCUGAUGAUGUUAGUGAUGUACAUGUACUAUUAUAUUUCUUUAAUCAUAUGAUUUGAGUGUAAUGAGUUUGCCUGUGUGCUUUAUCUAAUGAUGUAUUGCUAGAUAAUGCAUUAUUGUCAGUGGAGCAUUUACACCGCAAAGAUGCCGAUAGUGUAUUGGUAUGGUUUUCAGUUGGUUAUCAGUGAAAAAUAAAACACAAACACUUUUAUACAGUAUAUUGAUUUGUCCUCUACUGGAGCAAUUUAUUUUAAUAAAAUGUACAUUGUAUCAGAUUGUCUAGGAUAUCUUAUUUUGACAAGUUGUUUCCCCUUACAGUUACGUGCAAUCGGAGAGUUUGUGAUAUAAAAUAUUUGAUUUGCGAAUAUAAAUUCGUUACAAAUAAGUAGCACAUGUUGGGUUCAGUCCACAUGAAAUCGAAACCGAAUUCGUGUAUGCAGGAAUAUAAAAUGGACUGGGCAAUACGUGAAAACAGUCGAAACCAAUGGGUCGGGCCGCACAACACAGGUGUUCCCGGUAUCAUCAAUCAUGCGUAUAAGAUGUCCCACUUCACUUCACCAAAGCUGGUCUCCAAGAAAGACACCUCUUCCCGCCGCAUCCUGCACGCCUGCAAUCGUCUCGCCACCCAGGUGUCACAGGCCUCAGGAGCCCAUGAGCGCCGCAGGAGUAUGAUGAUUAACAGCGGAGCACCCGCGGAGUCAUCUGACGACAACAAUCCCACACGCCACGAUCUGAUAGCGAUGCUGAACGCUUGCAGGGACGCUCUGAACGCCUCGAGGUUUGACGAGGCGGAAACAGCCUACCUUAAGUUAUACCACGAGAUCCAGGAGAAACCGGAAGACAACGGUCGAAUGCUUGUAGAGACGCUGAGCGGCCUGGCGGACAUUUGCAUCCGGAGGAGCCGAAUGUGUCGCUCGAAUCCACUGGAGUGGCAAUGGUUGUGCAUGCACGCGAUCGCGUUACUGCAGUACAUCUUUGAAUUUUGCGACUCUGAGCUCGAAACUCAGCUCGACAACGAAGUCUCCGAGUGGUUCCGAGAACAAAAGCGCGUGGCGGAACUAAAGUGUCGCCCCUUGGAAGAUGCGUUCACAAGGGCGCUGUACAACUGUCUUAAACACGACGCGAAUUUCUUUGAUCCUUUCCAGUCAUUUUCAUUACCGAGCACGCCUGGUCAGCAAAGAAAGGGAAACGUGUUUCCGCUGAGCUCUACGAUGCCGCAAUAUUUAUUAGCGCCUACUAUGACCUACAGGAUGACAGACAAAGGCCUAGCGAAACAAAACUCUGAAGACGUUGACGUCGCUAUCGAUUGGCUUGCAAAGUUUGAAUUCUAUUGCAAAGACCGUCUGCAAACCAAGGAUCACACGUGCGUCACCGAAAAGAUCCUUAGGUCAACAAGAAGCAAAUCUACCGACGAAGAAACGGAAAGUGUUCUCACAGACAAUUCAGAAGAUUCACUAGACUGGGACCAUAGUGAUUUGAAAGGCAUUGAGGAGAUGGCGGUAGAUCUAGAAGAAAAGACGUCGCCUGUGAACGAUUAUUCUCUGGAAUUGGAGCUAGCCACGAGUGAUUCCGAAAAUGAAGGCUGGGAUUUUUUCCUUCAUCAGCGAAGGAAUUGUGACUUACAGAGCGUUGUUCAGGUAUCUGCAGAUGACGAGAAAAGGGAUGAUUUCGAUAAAGAGAUUCAUAAUUAUUCCAAAGAGACGCAAGACGUUUUUCAGAAAGAGAAAAACGAAAAGAGUGAAAAAAGACAUAAAUCGAAACAUGAGAAGAAAGAGAUAGUAUCCCCUUUACACGCGCAUAGCAUUAGUCUUACUCUUGCGCGAUCGUUUUGUCGCCUUGCAGACAAACUCGUGCAUGAAGAGGAAUACAAGAAAGCGGAAGUCGUGUACGAAAAGAUUUUGGACAUAAUCGAUGCGAUACAAGACGGCACGGCGGGGAUGCUGAGAUUUAGUGCGCGGAUCAUGAAAAACCUCGGGACCGUAAAGUCAAAGCAAGGGAAGUCCUCGUCUGGUCUCGUGCUUCUCAAUAAAGCGCUCAAUACGUACAGAGACUUACAAGACGAGGAGGCGAAUUUCGAAAUCGCGGUAGCAUUGAUAGAGCUUGGCAAUGGGUAUAUUGUCGGGAAGAAUCACGAGGAUUCGGUAUUUAACGACGUCAUUAUCGCUAUAUGUGACUUUUUCGAAAAAGACGCUGGUGACUCUCAGUCCACGUCUAAUUCUAGCUCCGUGCAAUCUCACAUUUCGCAAAUGACGUCAUCACUGGCGUCUAAUUCGGAAGAGAGAAACGUGGAGGAAGCGCUCACUUGUUAUUCGGAGGCGCUUCUAUUGCUUGAUGCGUACGAGGCUGAUGAGAAGCAAAUUGAAAUGUUUGCAAAGGCGGUCAUGAGACUUGGCGACUGCCACUUCAUGCAAAAGGACUAUGACAAAGCGCUGGAGUGUUACGAAAAGGCGCUCGGAAUGUUUCGAUCAAACAAUAUCUUUGGUAAAGACUCGUUAAUGGAAAACGCUCACGUGCUUUGUAUGCUCGGCGUCUCGAGUUUCAUGUUGCACGUGUACCCUCGUGCCGCGUCCGUAUUUGAAACUGCGCUCCACAUGGUUCGGUGCGCUUAUGGGUUCAAGCGGACAUUCCUGAACGGAAUGCUUCAGUCCUUGUCCGGCAUUACGUAUUACAAGAUGAAAAACUACCACAAAUGUGUGUCAAUGUGCUACCAAGGGUACGAGACUUACUGCGAACUGUUCGGGGAGGCGAUGUGUCGGCUUGAUAAACAAAAAUUCUGGCUAGUGUGCCAGACACUGUACGUCAUGGGAAACUCAUACAAUAUUCUGAGCCUGCAGCAAAAGGCUCUGAAAUAUCUAACGAUCGCCCGAUCGCUUAUGAAAUCGUGCAAGAGUCGGGAACGCCGCCAGUUUAUGCGGGUGUUACAGAUCCUCGGGGACUGCUACUUCGCUCAAUACGAUUACAAGGUGGCGCUGACGUUCUAUAACGAAGCGCUCGAGUACGGAGAAUGCGAGAGCCAGAUCUCAUUCGACGAGGUGUUUGACCCCAACUGCGCGUCCGACGAGAUGACGAUUCACAACCACCUGGUAAGCAAAUCCGCGGAAGCCCACCUGAGCAUGCAGCAGUAUCAGAACGCCGUCCACUAUCUGGAGCAGGCGCACGAUAUGCAGGAAGUGAUGGGAGAGGACAUCAAGGGGGAUCUUAUCAGCACACUUCAUCAGCUGGGACACAUGCACUCCGCAGCUGGGGACGUGAACAAAGCCAUCGAGUCGUACAAGGAGUGCCUAGAGGUGUUCCGGGAGAUCCAUAAAGGGCAGCUGGGCCCCGAGAUGUGCACGACCCUCGGGAACCUGGCGGCGAUCUGCUACGUGAAGGCAUGCAUCGCUGACGAUUAUCGCGAGGAGCAGGCCAUGAAUGAGUCCGCAGAGGCUUACUUCCAAGAAGCGAUGUCUCUUGAAACGAACGCCGAAGUGUGCGUCAAGUAUGGAAGCUUUUUAUACAGCCAGUGUCACUUCCAAGCGGCCGUGGGCAUACUGAGGACGGCGCUAAGUAAUGAUGAUAAUACUGCUGAUAUUGUGUACCGCGGUUUGGAGAAGGUUACCCUUCCGGAACUGCUUCAAGACGAGGUGGAUACGCAGGAGGAAAUCUGCCUGCCGUCCUCAAGCCUCGCGCGGUACCUGCUGAUUCUCUGUCACAAGGCGCAAGGGGAGAUGGAGGAAGCGGAAGUAGCUCUUAUCGACCUCCUAGAAGAAGUCUGGGACUACGACAUUCCGAUCCUCCACUCGUUGCUAGGUUACGCCAUGAUGGAGCUGAAUCUGUGGGAGGACGCAGCGCUCAGCUUCAGAGCGGCGGCGGAAACGGAAGAGGACUAUCAACUCGCGCACGAAAAUUACUGCAUAUGCUUGCUGAUAUUGGUGCAUCGAGUGCUGACCAAUAGCAUAGAAAACAUUUAUGAAUAUAUCUGCAAAAGGAAUAGGGCACUUUCAUGCAUACUGGUCUGAAUUACCGAUAAUAGUAAUUAUAUUAAAUUAAGUUUCAUGCUUAAGUUGUGUUUGGAAUAAGAUUAUUAUUAUUAUUUAAAUGUGCUUUGUUUAUCGGCCUGUUUGUAUGUAAUUAUCCCUCUACAUAUGCAUGCGUCGUUAUUUAUUGUGUACUCGCCUACACCGUGUAAAGUGCACUUUGCGUACAAUAUUUUUUCACACCAUUUGUGGAAGAUACAACUAAGGCAAGAUGAAAAUUGAAUUGAAUAUCUGAUUUAUCGUAUAUAACAAAUUAUUGUUGAAAAAAUGAACAAAAAUAAAUAUGCUCACUUUUGGUUGGCUGAUAAAAAUGUUUGCAUUAUGUGUGGCUCGUUUAUGCAUACGAGUAUAGCUUUUGUAUCCUGAUGGAACCUUUACUAUGCUCUUAAACGAUAUUUGGAGAUAAAGUAUUUUUAAUAAGGAAUAUUUGUAUUAAUCACGCUGAAAUUAUGCACGUAUUUAUGGCAUUUGCCUUAACAACAUUUGGUGUUUUUCAUUUGUUAUUUCUUGAGAUUGUAAUGUCCUUUUAAUGUUAUAAUUUCGACACGUUUUUGUAAUUCAACAAAAAUGAAUAACUAUAAUAUUGCAUUUGGUUUUAGUUAUUGUUAUCCAUACAAUUUUACACUUAAUAAAACAUGUUAAAUGCG